AUAAGUAGGUCCCCAUCUCCCACGCCGCACACCGCCCUCUGUUUUCCACUAUCGCUCUGCCAUUGAUUCAUUCAUUAUAGACUGAGAGAGAUAUGUCUAACCACGGGGAGGACUUGGAGCUGCUUCUCUCUCUUGACGAAAGGGUUUUGGAGACCCCACCCGCUUCUCCCACUUCAGACGCUCCCCUGCAACAGCAACCAGGUUAUGAUUCCGAUGAUGGCCUGCUUCAGCAGCAUGUGGACAUGUCCGUAUUCAAAGACACAGUGGGGGAUUACAAGUUGUUGGCUGAAGAUCCUCCAAAGAAAGUUGAUUCCAAUCCAAAGCAGCAGUCGGUCGAUGUAGAGAAGUUCUCGGGCCUGCGUGUCAAGAGUCUCCUCUUAUCUGCAACUUAUCUCAUCGAUCGUUUUUCGGACAUGCGCUUCAUUCGAUUGUCAGCCAUAAGGACUUGUUUGAUGGGUGAUAAUAUUUCUGGUUGCUGGGCAACUGCUGGAGUCUUAACAGAGAAGGGAAACCCAAAACUGAGUUCUACAGGGAGCAACUUCUGUGUUUGGAAGCUUGGGUGCUUGGAUGAGCAGAGUGUCCCUGUCUUCUUGUUUGGAGAUGCUUACAUCAAUAAUUCCAAGGAGUCAGUUGGUUCCAUCUUUGCUCUGUUCAAUUGCAACAUUCGGAAGGAUCCUAAAGGUAGUGGGUUCUCUCUAAGUGCAUACACUGCUUCUCAAAUUCUGAAGCUGGGGACUUCUGCCGACUUUGGAAUUUGUAAAGGGAAGAGAAAAGAUGGAAAUCCUUGUUCAAUGGCUAUAAAUAGAAGUCGGGGAGUCUACUGCAGCUACCAUGUUUCGGCAGCAUCUCGCAAGUUCGUAAACAUGCGAUCAGAGCUUAAGGGUGGAAAUAUAAAAACAGCGUUUCGGGACCCUCUCAAAUUGAGAGGAAUUCACUUGGUAGACCCUCUGUCAAACAAAACAAAUUUGAACAAGUCUAUGAAGCCUGUGAAAGUUCUAUCAGUUGAUGCACUAAAAAGGGCUCUAUGUAAAGCGGAUAAGGUUACAACUGUUGUCCAAUCUCAAGGAAGGAGGUUCCUUGCAGAGAUAACAGAGAAAAUGAAUCAUCAAAAGGAAGCAAGCAGAGGAAUGUUGCAAAAUCCCCAACAAAGAAAUGUUCCCCAGAAAAGGCCAUGUUCAAGCGUGAAAAUGGCCACAAGGAUACCUUUGAAUGCCCGUGAACCUGAUCCUAAAAGGAAGAAAGUGCAGCAGGUUACUAGCAGUGAGAAUAUGAUUGAGUUGCAUAUUGUAAGCUCAGAUGAAGAAAUGUAGCAGCAGCCUGAAUCA